CUGGGUGUCACGGAGGAAGAAAACGACAUCGUGUCUGUACCAGUAAUGGUGGCUGCGAGGUUUAAACACCCACAAGCUCCAGGACAUUCUUGUAUAAUGAAGAAAAACAUUAAAUAAUGUAGGAAUGAGGAUCUAGUUUACAGACUUGCAGCCACACCUGUUUUACACACGUCACUCAAACACAGAAGCAGAAAACAGGAAUCACCUGAGUUCAGGGAAAGAGAAACACAAGUGUAUGUGUCUCUGUAUUCACGUAGUAAAAUGGAAGAAGCCAGAAUUUUGCAGGAGUUCACAUGUCCAGUGUGUCAGGAUCUCCUGAAGGAUCCAGUGGCCAUUCCUUGUGGACACAGUUACUGUAAGAGCUGUAUUACAAGCUGCUGGGAUCGGGAGGAUCAGAAGAGAGUCUACAGCUGCCCUCAGUGCAAACAGACCUUCAGUCCAAGACCUGCUUUAGCCAAAAUCACUGUGGUGGCUGAAGUGGUGGAGAAACUGAAGAAGACCAAACUCUCAUCUGACUGUUACGCUGGAGCUGGAGAUGUGCAGUGUGACAUAUGCACUGGAAGAAAAUACAAAGCCGUCAAGUCCUGUCUGCUGUGUCUGAACUCUUACUGUCAGAAUCACCUUGAACAACAUGAGAUUUUCUUUAAAGGGAAGAGACACAGUUUGAUUGAUGCCACUGGACGACUGCAGGAGAUGAUCUGCCAGAAACAUGAGAAGAUCCUUGAGGUUUUCUGUCGCACUGACCAGAAAUGCAUAUGUCUGCUGUGUACGAUGGAUGAACAUAAAAACCACAACACUGUAUCAGCUGCGGCACAGAUGACAGAGACACAGCACACGCUGAAGGAAACUCAGAAGACGUUUCAGCUGAGAAUCCAGCAGAGAGAGAAAGAUCUUCAGCAGCUGAGAGAGGCUGUGGAGUUUCAUAAGCGCUCUGCACAGACAGCAGUGGAGGACAGUGAGAGGAUCUUUACUGAGCUCAUCCGCUCCAUUGAGAGAAGCCGCUCUGAGCUGAUACGACUGAUCAGAGAUCAGGGAAAGCGAGCGCUGAGUCGAGCUGAAGGACGACUGGAGCGACUGGAGCAGGAGAUCAAUGAUCUGAGGAGGAGAAACGCUGAGCUGGAGCAGCUUUCACACACACAGGAUCACAUCCAAUUCCUGCAGAGUUUCCAGUCUCUCUCAGCACCGCCUGAACCUACAGAUGAAAAUGAUGAUCCCUUCAGUUCUCUCUUCUCUUUUGAUGACCUGAGAGAAUCUGUCGUUCAGCUGAGAGACAAACUGGAGAAUUUCUGCAAAAAGAAGCUCAAGAAGAUCUCAGAUGGAGUUUGUACUACUACAGGUCCCUCUGUGUGCAGCAAUGCAGCUCCUUCUACACCAAAGGUAAAACCUGUAGAGGACCUCAAAUUCUCUGCCCCUGUGGCUCCACCUGCCAAAUUGAUUUCUUUUGGACUUUCUGGACAUUCCGCCAAGAACACCGUCAACAGUGACGUCAGCUUGAAUAGCUUCACAUCUGGAUCUCAAAAACCAGUUUCUUUUAGUUUUGGAUUGAAGGAUGCUGCUGUGACAUCUGCUGGUGUUGGAGCUCAGGCUGAGAAGAAAACAAUUCAGGCAGAUGCACCACAACAUGAGAAAGUGUCUGCAGCUCCAGAGGUCCCAUUUGACACUGCCCCCUGCAGCACUGAAAAAAGUAAUGCAACAUCACAAGAAGUGAAAUUUUUGGCUAAAACAAUCUGCCAACCUGCUGUGACAGCAUUUGAAGCUAAUAUCAGUCCAGGCACUGCUAUUCAGUUUGGUACAAGACAUGAUAAAGCAUCACUGAAAAACUUGAAGACUGAGACGUCUACACCUGAAGCUAAAAAAAGGUCUCUAAACAGUUCAAAGGUGUCAAUUUCCGCGCCAGUGCCUGUUGGUGUAUUUAACUCUGGUAUUGCAAAAUCUGAGGCAACAGCAUCAGACAAACAGUCACAAAAUGUAUCUACAUCAAACCUCCUGAAAAAUGUUGCUGAACUUCACAAAGAGGAUAAAAAAGAGGCAGCCCCAAGUUCCUCAGAUCAGUCUGUAGAUGCUUGUGGUCACGAUAACAAACCCCUCAAUACUGAUAAAGAUUCUGAAAGUGCAGUGAGGAAUCUAAAGGGAAAGCCGAAUGUGGACAGAGCUGAUGAAGUAUCUGAUCAUGCAGGUCUUUCUUUUGGAUUUGCAUCUGCAAAUUUGUUAACAUUUGCAGGCUUGAUAAAGAAUUCAGAGGAAUUUGCAUUUGCCAAACAAGAUGCUAAUUUUACAUGGUCAAACGCCGGAGCAAGAGUUUUUGGAAGUGCAGCAACACAAAAUGAAGAAAAGGAGAAGGGCAGUGAUGAUGAGGCGCCCCAGAAUGACGAAAUCCACUUUGAGCCGAUCGUGUCCCUGCCCGAGGUGGAGGUGAGGUCCGGUGAAGAGGACGAAGAGAUCCUGUUCAAAGAAAGAGCCAAACUGUACCGUUGGGAUCGUGAGCUCAGUCAGUGGAAGGAGCGUGGCGUGGGAGACAUUAAGAUCCUCUGUCACCCUGUGAAAAAGUGCUACCGUGUGGUGAUGAGACGCGAUCAGGUGCUGAAAGUCUGCGCCAACCACACCAUCAGCCAGAGCAUCGAGCUCAAGCCCAUGAACACCUCGGCUAACGCGCUGGUGUGGACCGCCACUGACUACUCUGAGGGAGAUGGGAAAGUCGAGCAGCUGGCGGUCAAGUUCAAGAUUCCAGAGUUGGCCGAGUCCUUCAGACGAGCAUUCACCGACUGCCAGAGCUGCAUGUCGCAGGCCGAUGCCGCUCUGAUGUCUGCCGCCGAGGCGCUUUCACGAGAGUCCAACCCUGUGGUGUUCUUUGACAUCACCAUAGAUGACGAGGCUGCUGGGAGAAUCGUCAUGGAGCUCUUCGCUCACAUUGUCCCCAAAACUGCAGAAAACUUCCGCGCACUGUGUACAGGAGAGAAGGGCUUCGGUUACUGCCAUUCUGUCUUCCACAGGGUCGUCCCAGACUUCAUGUGUCAGGGUGGUGAUAUCACCAACCAGGAUGGGACAGGAGGAAAAUCCAUCUACGAAAAGACGUUCGAAGACGAGAGCUUCGAGGUGAAGCACACAGGGCCGGGGCUGCUGUCCAUGGUCAACCGUGGCAGAGAUACCAACAACUCGCAGUUCUUCAUCACCCUCAAGAAAGCAGAACACUUGGACUUUAAGCAUGUGGCCUUCGGCUUCAUCAAAAAGGGCAUGGCUGUGGUGAGGAGAAUCGGAGAGCUGGGCACUAGAGAUGGAAAACCCAUGAAAACCAUCACCAUCUCAGGCUGUGGACAGAUUAAGUGAACUUUUCUAUAUAAACUACUCUGUAAAAAAAAAGCUGUAAAAGUUAUGGUAAAAAAAAAAAAACAGCAGCUGUGGUGGCCAGAAUUUUACCGUAAAAAUAAAUACAGUAGUAACCUUUUAUGUUUUACGGUUUUAACUUACAUUUACAUUUAAAUACUGUAAAUUACCUUUCAUUAACUGAUAUAAUGUUAAUAUCUCUGAUAUAAUGUUAAUAAACCUAUUGAGGUACUGAAAUAGUUUUGUACCUCUGUAAUUCACUGAUCAGGUGGUGAUGAGAAAGCCACAUGAUGAACCAAAGCCCAUUACAAGCAGCUUUUAAAUAUAAACAUAUAUAGAAGGUGCACAGUUCCCUGAACUCAUGUGUAAAUCAGAACUUGUAAAUGCAGUGUUUUUAUUUUUAUCCUUUUAAUGUGUUAAUAAUAUGCACAGCACUAGUUGACAAAUUUAUGCUUUGCAAAAAAAAAAAAAAAAAGAGGAAA